UUUUACGUCCGGCCGGCCGGCUUGACGCCUGACGGAUGGCAGUUUGGCGGGCGGCGAUGACAGGUCGCGUACGCACGGGCUGAAUUUACCAAAGCAAAUGGACACAACCAAGCCAAAAGACGCGUCCGGCCGUCCCAUCCCGGCGUGGAAAAACAGACGAGCCGCAGGCGCAUUGGGAAUCUCGAAGCAUCAGCGCGAUGCGUGCCCGGGUUCUUCUUCUUCCGCCGCCGCGCUCAUAGCUCUCUCGCUGCUAGGGAGAUUUGCUACCACUCGACGGCGGACGGCCUCCGUUGCCAGUCUCUCUUGGCUGUGUGCUCCCGUGACCCGUCUGUGCCGUUCCAUCAGUCUCUUUCUCCCUUCCUCAUCAGGAUGGCGAAUGGGAAUGGGGGCAGUAAGCUCCGUCUAUGGUGCUCGGCAUUUGCCUGCGCGCUGCUCGCGCUCGUCGAGGCGGACGGCUUGUUCGUCGACAUCACCUAUGUCGAGAGCGCCGUGGCCAGAGGAGCAGUGUGCCUGGAUGGAAGCGCCCCGGCGUACCACCUCGCCCCAGGCUUCGGCUCCGGGGUGAACAGUUGGUUGGUUCAUUUCGAGGGAGGAGGAUGGUGCAACAACGUCACGACCUGCCUGCAGCGUAUGCACACCCGGCUGGGGUCCUCCAAGGAGAUGGCCAAGCAGGUUGCUUUCUCCGGGAUCCUGAGCGACGCCCCGGGUUACAACCCAGACUUCUACAACUGGAACAAGGUCCGGGUUCGCUACUGCGACGGCUCCUCUUUCACCGGCGACAAGGAAGAAGUUGAUCCUAGGACAAAUCUACACUACAGAGGUGCGAGGAUAUGGCAAGCAGUUCUGGAAGACCUGCUCGCAAAAGGAAUGAACAGAGCUGAAAAUGCUCUAAUUUCGGGGUGCUCUGCUGGGGGGUUAACUUCGAUACUGCACUGUGACAGAUUUCAUCAGCUUCUGCCGGCGGGGGCCCAUGUCAAAUGCCUUUCUGAUGCUGGUUUCUUCAUCAAUGUAAAGGACAUUGCUGGAGAGAACCAUGCUGCUGCCUUUUUCAAUGAUGUAGUUACAACACAUGGCUCAGCCAGGAAUUUGCCAUCUUCGUGCACUUCCAAGUUGCCUGCAGGCAUGUGCUUCUUCCCUCAGAAUGAGGUGAAACAGAUUCAGACACCGUUGUUCAUCCUGAAUUCAGCAUAUGAUUCAUGGCAGGUAAGGAACAUUUUAAUACCAGGAGGUUCUGAUCCUCGUUGGCGAAACUGCAAGCACGAUAUAAGUCAAUGUUCCACGAAGCAACUUGAGACUUUGCAGGGAUUCAGGGACCAUUUUCUAGGAGCACUGGAGGAACAAGGGACCUCCUCCACCAGAGGGUUGUUCAUAAACUCGUGCUUCGUGCACUGCCAGACAGAGAUACAAGAGAUAUGGUUCGCACCCGGCUCUCCUGCCCUCGGUGACAAAAAAAUAGCAAAUGCAGUUGGAGACUGGUUCUACGACCGCAGUCCGUUCCAGAAGGUGGACUGCCCUUACCCUUGUGAUUCAACCUGCCCUAUCUUCAAGAACUCAUAGCAAGUGGAGCAGCAGCCUCACCUCAUACUAUUGUUCACAUUGAUCACAUUAUUGUUACUACGUUUGAUGAACCACCAUUAGUGCCCCGUGCUCGCAAGAGGGCACGGCAUGGCAACCAUUGAUUCUAUUUACAGAAAUAAUAAGUGAAGGUGCUGGCUUCAACAUCAGCUGGAA